UCGUCUAACAACUGUUGGAAGCGUCGAUGCUUUAUUUUUAUGCUUGUGUUGUGAAAAAAAGGUCUUGCAGAACUCCAUUUGACAGCGGCUUGCUUUAUAAAACUUUACAGCCAUAAACGUGGACUCUACAGGCUAUGGUUUUCGAAGUUUUUUGAGAACAGGAUUCCUGUUAGAAACAUCAGCUGCGGGUUAUUUAUGGCUAAUUAAGAGACGUCGUCUAAUUAAAUCAAUAGCGCCAUCACGAGAGUUGUCAUGGUGACAGCGUUCUGAAUAGCCUGAUUAGAGAUCAGACAUUCUCCUUCACAACUCUCAUUUAAUAUGUCAAUGUUUUUGUUUUGGUAAUAGGCCCUGUUCCGAACGAGACAGACUCGUUCCGUUUUUGAUGAACCAGCAUCUUUAAAUUCGGAUAGAAAUGGGUUGUUCUGUCCUGGCGCUCACUAUCAUUGCAUCCACUCUCGGCGGCCUAGUGUUCGGAUAUGAGUUGGGAAUAAUAUCCGGUGCUCUUCCGCAGCUCCAAGCGCACUUCUCUCUGGGAUGCGUCCAGCUGGAAGCCGUGGUGAGCGCUCUUCUGAUCGGAUCACUGUUAGCGUCUGUGAUUGGUGGAUGGCUGAUUGACCGCCAUGGCAGGAAAACGUCCAUUUUACUGAGUAAUCUCCUCAUUCUGGGAGGCACCAUUAUCCUAACUGCUAGCAUGUCGUUUUCAGCACUGGUGGUUGGAAGGGUCGUCAUUGGGUUUGCAAUGAGCAUUUCGUCCAUGAGCUGCUGCAUCUUUGUCUCUGAGAUGGUCGCUCCCAAUCGUAGAGGGUUGAUGGUGAGCCUGUAUGAAGUUGGAAUUACUGUUGGAAUCUUGUUGGCUUAUGCAAUCAACUACAUCUUAUCUGACGUCCACGCAGGAUGGAGGUACAUGUUUGGAUUUGCUAUUGCACCGUCUCUUAUGCAGUUGGUGUCCAUUAGGUUUCUACCUCAGCAAACCACUGUAGGCCUCGUAGCAGAAGAUGAUUGGGAAACGCCAAAUCGCCACCAAGCUGAACAUGUGAAAUAUAGUGUCUUCGACCUUUUCAAAACCAAAGACAACAUGCGCAGAAGGACUGCCAUCGGCCUCGGGCUGGUGCUCGGUCAACAAUUCACAGGCCAGCCAAACGUCCUCUUCUACGCUUCCACCAUCCUCUUCUCAGUGGGGUUUCAGAGCAAUGCAUCUGCCGUUCUUGCGUCGGUGGGUCUGGGUUUGGUCAAAGUCAUUGCUACUCUACUGGCAAUGGUUUGUUCAGACAAGGUUGGCCGAAGAUCACUUCUGAUUGGUGGAUGCACAGUGCUGGCUGUAGGAUUGAUACUCACUGGUUUCUUGUGUGGACAGUCAGUGAUUGACACAACAAAACGAUGCACUUCAUUGGAGCCGCAUGAAAAUCUGACCUCACUAGCGGAAAAGCAUGAAAACGUGGGCAAAAACUCUGUGGAUCGAAGCACUCCAUCUACUGGAAAUGAAACGCACGAUGCUUAUGGACAUUCAAAUAUUUUAUCGCACUCAGAGGAUAUGUAUAAGUGGAUAAUUUUCAUCUGCAUGAUGGCAGUGGUGAGCGCUUUCUCAGUGAGCUUUGGACCAAUGACAUGGCUUGUGCUCAGUGAAAUCUUUCCAAAGGAAGUCAGAGGAAGAGCCUAUUCAUUCAUCAACUGCUUCAAUGUGGGGGCCAACCUCAUAGUGACCUUUUCUUUCUUGAGUAUAAUAGAUGUGAUAGGUCUGUCUGGAAUAUUCUUUGUGUACGGAGUGAUUGGAAUGGCAGCAGUUGUAUUCAUCUACCUUGUAGUACCAGAGACCAAAGGAAAAUCUCUUGAUAAAAUCGACAGAGAGCUCUCUCAGCGAUUUUUUCACAGAGAAGAAGUCUGCAAUAUUUUCCAAAGAAGGCAUUUCUCUCCAGGUUAUCAGAGAGUUCAAUUGACGAGUACAACAACAUGACAUGGGGUGGAAAGAUAUAAAACUCCUCCGUCAAUAUGGAUAAUUCUGUUCACUUGGUGAUAUGAAAUUGCUCCACGUUUUAAUAAAAUUAAUAGCUUUACCAUUUGUAGUAACUAUUGUACUCUGGUUCAUAUGUUAGUAAUUAGUGUUAAAUCUUUAUGAAAUCACUGUAUACUUUUAUAAUUAUAAUUUUAAAUAAAGAUAAAUUACCCCA